ACGCGUGAUUUUUCUUCCUGCCACGGUGAGACGGCGUAUCCGCUUUCAGAGGGAGGCUGAGCGUCGGCGGAGCGCCAGUGGAAGGAGUGGGAGGGCUCUACGGCGCUUUCGCUGGUUCCACACAGAGGAAGAGCAGAGCGAACCGCCACGCCGCCCACCAGCCGAGGCGACAACACUUUCGCAAACCGCUGCCGCUGCCCCGUUUGAACGUGCGGAGGAGCGGCGGGGAGCAGGCGCCCGAGGACCGGCAGAGGAACCAACAAGACGCUCUCUGCUGCAGGGCUCCUGUAUGCUACAAGGGAGAGAAGAGAGAGCAGUGUUGGAGAUGGGGAGGGAGGUAGUCACAGGCACCGAGGAGCAGCUUCCCCUCACCUCCAGCCCCUGCAACGAGCUAGCGCAUCCCGGACCAGUCUGUCGGCCAGUCGCACAGAGAGAACCUCCGUCAAACGCCGAUGUGUGACCAUGCUGCCACCAAAGGGCUGUGAAUUCGUGGAUGGUGGUGAACAGUCAAGCAUCGGAGCCAGCUGUACUUUCCUAACUCCACUUGGAGCUGUGCACCCUUUUUGCUAGAUCUGUUUGUUUUUGACUUCCAUUCUCCAAAAAUAUCUGUCAGUGAAUAUAAUAAGGGAACACCUACCCACUUUUCCAAAAAUGGAGACUCUUUCCCAGGAUUCGAUUCUGGAGUGCCAGAUCUGCUUUAACUACUACAGCCCCCGCCGGCGGCCCAAGCUCCUGGAUUGCCGUCACACAUGCUGCUCGGUGUGUUUGACCCAGAUGCGCAGCAGCCAGAAGGAGAUUCGUUGUCCUUGGUGCCGCGGCGUCACCAAGCUUCCGCCGGGCCUGUCCGUCUCCCAGCUCCCGGACGACCCGGACAUCAUCACUGUCAUCGCCAUCCCUCAUGCCUCUGAGCACACGCCCGUCUUCAUCCGCCUCCCCAGCAACGGCUGCUACAUGCUGCCCCUGCCCGUCGCCAAGGAGCGGGCGCUCGGCCUGCCGGGGGAGCUUGGAUGUCGCUUCCUACCUGGCAGCCAGCAGAAAGGGGUGACCGUGGUGACGGUGCCUGAGCAGCAGCCUCUGGGGCUGGCUAUGGGUCUAGAGGGCGUGGGGAUGGGUCUGGAAGGAGGCGAGGGAGAGAGGAGAGUUACUGGCCCGGUGGGAGGAGGAGGGAAGGGCUCCACGUGGUCCGGCGUGUGCACGGUGAUCUUGGUGGCCUGUGUGCUGCUCUUCCUCCUGGGCAUCGUGCUGCACAACAUGUCCUGCAUCUCCAAACGCUUCACUGUCAUCUCCUGCGGCUGAGGGCAGGGGCAGGUUGCUUGGACUGCCGACCCCCAUCCCCACCCCCCCCCCCCCAUCCCCACUCUCCCACCCCUGAUUCCCCCACUAGCCCGCCUCUCUUCAGGGCAGAACUCUGCUGAGGAGGGGACUAAAGUCACAUCAUGGGCAUCCAAGGAAAUCGCGGAGCAACGUAGAGAGACAGAGGAAGAAGACUAGGGCAAGAAGGAGAAUCGAAAAAGGUCUGCCAUUAUGUCCCCCUUUUUUUGUUUGGGAGACUGAAAUUAAAAUGGAAAUACUCAAACAAACCUUCUCAUUUUUCUUGUCCAACAGCACUCUGCUGGCCCUGAAACUCCCACCCUUUUCCUGUCCUUCCGUUUCCUCUGAAGAACGCUUUGGGAAUUGCUCCUGAUAUGUUUUUGGCGAGCUGAUAUGUUUUGGGCUGGGGUCCGGUCUGACACUCACUCAGCACUCCCAGUGGUUGGAUUGCCUGUUUAGUCUGUGGUUUGUAGAAGUACAUCAGUUAUCAUAGUGUUGUUUAGAUGAGUGUAGGUUCCAAGUGUGGUGUAUUCAGCUGGUGCUGCAUUACAGAGAGUCCAGACUUGGCUGCUCUCCGUUCUCUGAUGCUGCGGGAAUGAACUGUGCAGGAUCCAUGUCUGGGCCCCAUCUGAAUUAUCUGGGAAACUCAAAAUCAACAGAGCUUUCAUUUUCUCUUUUUUUUAAUUUUUUUUUAAAAUUUUCUUUCACACAAUGAGUUUCUGUUUGGAAAAAAAACAAACUGUUGCUUUGAUGGUUCCUUGUAGUUAGUAAAGUGGUUGUCAAAAAAUACAAAACAUGGAUUGUAACGUUCAUACAUGCCAGCAUUAUUAUUCAGCUGAACUAAAAACACGGGUAGUACUAAGUUGCUUUACGCUUUAAAAAUAUGAAUUAGUGCUGAAAUGAUCUGUUGACUGGUUGAUUGGAAAAGUAAUUUAUUAAGCAAAAUUGCCAAACAUUUGAUGGUGGGGAUUUUUCUGUUUUUAUAUCAUUGUUAAAUUAAUGUCUCUGGAUUUUGGUCUGUCGGUUGCACAAAACAAGCAAUGGGAAGAUGUCACUUGGGAUCUCAGAACUUGCAAUGGUCACCAUUUUUCUGACAGUUGCUUUACUAAACAAUGUCUUUAUUUAUCAAUAUAAUAAUUAACAUUUGUGCAGCCUUCUGGUAUAAUGCUAACUGCCAAAAAUCUACAGGCCAUCUGAUAAUCAAAGAUAUGGCUCAAACCAUUGAGAAAGAUCAAUACCACCUUUUAUAUCUGUCUGUUAGCUAUGGAAAAGGCUAUUGGCUUAGCCCGGUAUAAAGGGGAAGCAGGGGGAAAUGGCUAGGCUGUCUUUUUUUGAAGCCCAUCCCUCAACAUGUUGUUUCUCAGUUGUUUCAGUGACCUCGUGCUAGGUGCUACAUAUGCCACAUGAGCCGCAGCACUCCCUGUAAAACUUUAAUCCAAACUAGAAUCUUAAAAGCAAACAAACAAGAUAAAACAAAUUACAGUAAUUGAUGGGCUUUAGCGGUGUUGAUAGAUGUAUAUUUGAAUUUUGAAAAGAGCCAGGCUAGCUGUUUUCCCCUUUGCUUUCAGGAGGUUUCACGUGCUACGUGAGUUACAGCAUGUAACUCCCCAUAAAAACCACAACUUGACACUUUUACAUUUCAAAUUUUUUAUGGAUUAAAGAAAUAAGAUAACAUGUGACAGCACUUUUAGUGCUUUUGGUGUGUUACUAGCGAUAUUUUUGAUCUUUAAAGAGACUCAGGUUAGCUUUUUCCCCUAGCUUCCGGUCUUCAUGCUAAGCCAAGCUAAUGGCCUCCUGGCUCCAGCUCUGCAUUUGAAACACAUAAAAGAGAGUGGUAUCGAUCUUCUCAUCUAACUGUCUGCAAGAAUCCCCAGUAAGCCAAAAUGUAGAAAUAGCCUUUUAAAUAAAAAACAAAAAAACAAAACAUAUUUGACAUUUGACAAAAGCCUUCAUAAGGAAAGCAUUCUUGUUUUAUAGCUUUUAUUUUUUUUUGUUGUGCGUCUUCAGUGCAUACAUUUUACAUUUUUGUGUUUUGCCACGGAUGCUUUUCAGUGAUCACUUGUUUGUCCAUCCGCUUUUCCCCCUGACCUCCUUCAGACCACAAUCGAUCUCUAAAGACGGACUCUCCAACUCCCACCAGGCCUUCGCCAGCAGCCCACACACUAUCGACUCCUCAUCUUAAUACCUCCCUUAAUUUAGAAACUGGUGGAUAUAUGGGCUCAACAGUGCGAUGGUGUGUAUUUAUGCGUGCAAGUAAUGGGUCAGUAAUGGGUCAGGAGUGGGCGGGCACUGCAGGGGUCCGGUUAAUGACUGCUGUAUCGAUUUAUCUGCUUUUGAAUAUCUCUCGUAUACGCAGAGACGGAUGUUUCUCUUUGUUUUUUCACUUUUAUAUGUUGAGGCAAGCAGUUUGUCUCUUUACUGUAUCGUUACAACAAUGGCGUGUACAGCACACGCGAUUCACAGGGUGAACUCUUUUGUAUAGCAGCCUCGUCAUGUACAGACUGAUUGUAAUUUUGUCUCUCUCUGAUAAUUUUUCUUCUGUUGACAUGUUUUACCUCUGAUCUGAGAUUAGGGAGCACACUCUCUCUCUCUCUCUCUCUGUGUUUGCUCUUAAAGAAACAAACAUGCCAAGUUCUUCAGUUCACUUCAGGGCACUCACUUCACAACACACCAGUAAUACAACGUGAGGAAAGAAAGUUUAAAAAAAAAAAA